AUGGCACCUGUAAGACGUUAUGAAGACAUAAGCUUCAUAGAAGUAACACCUGGGCAAGAACAAGAAACCGAACAUAUCAAAAAAAUGCGUAAAGAAAAUGCCAUGCGUAAUAUCGUAAUCGAACCUCUUGCCUCUGUUCCAUUUCCCCCUGAAAUCAGCGUGGAUGAUUUAGUAGGACCCCCCAAAAACUCGAAACAAAAAUCAAAGUCCCCUAACCGAUUUUUUAUAUUCCGAAAGGCCUACGUCAAGGAACUGAAUCGGCAAGGCAAGCGAUAUCCACAAACCAUACUUUCAACAUAUGUCGGGGAACAUUGGAAACGACUCCCGGAAGAACAGAUAGAAGCUUAUACCAACUUGGCUGAAAAAGCCCGAAUUUUAUUCAAAGAAAAAUACGGUGCAAUCGCCUGUGACGAUAAAAGUCCUUCGAGAUCUACUAACAAAGACCCGAAAAAAGUGAAGAAACGUCAAGAGCGUAAGCGGAAACAACCACGACAUGCCGAAAGUCAUGUGCCGCAAGUGGAAACUCCUCACACGGCUGACGACAUGGUAUACUACUCGCAAUAUCCCACUCCUUCCUUUGAGGAGGAUUUAUCGUUUGGCGCGCAAUUUUCACAUCUCUCAACCAGUACUCAGCUUCCAACGUUUGGCUCAAUAGAGAAUUUCCCAUAUGUUGUUGAACAACCACUGAUGGACGAUUUUUUAACUAGCGUGCAAUUUUCGAUAGCAGAAGAUUGCCAACCCAACGCUCAACUUCCAACGCCAUUAUUACCGGACAACUUACCAUAUGAUUCGACGAUGAAUGAAUUCUCGCAAUUUGUAACGACUGAACCGACUCCAGGGCUAUUUGAUGACUACUUCGGUUUUUACCAUUCUUCAUAA